ACUCCUCCCUCCCAGGGCCCCCACAGUCCCAUCCCACACCGAGGCCCCAGCAGCUGUGCUGGGCCCGGGAUGGAGCCCAGGACUCCUGGACCUCGACCGGCAGCAGUGGCCUCUGGGAUGAGCCCCAGGGCCGGCGGUAUCCGGACCACCAGCGGGCCCGAGGCCGGCGUGUGCUCCCUGGCACUGCCCUCCGACCUGCAGCUGGACCGCCGGGGCGCAGAAGGGCCAGAGGCUGAGCGGUUGCGGGUGGCCCGGGUCCAGGAGCAGGUCCGCGCUCGCCUCCUGCAGCUGGGCCAGCAGCCAUGGCCCAAUGGGGCCGCCGAGCCUGAGGGGGCCGCCGAGGCAGCCAGAGGAGGUGGGUCCCGGGCCGGGUACCACACCCUGCAGGCUGGCUUCAGCUCCCGCUCCCAGGGCCUGAGUGGGGACACCACCUCGGUGAGUGACACCCUUUUCAGCCCAACCUACAGCCCUGCUUCCUGGUCCUCCCGUUCGGCCGUGGACCUGAGCUCCAGUCGGAGGCUGAGCUCUGCCCACAACGGGGGCAUUGCCUUUGGGGCUGCCGGGUACGGGGCUGCCCAGCCUGUUGCACCCAUGCCCACCCGGCCCGUGUCCUUCCAUGAGCGUGGCAGGGUGGGGAGCCGGGUGGAUUAUGACACCUUGUCCCUGCGCUCCCUGAGGCUGGGGCCGGGGCCGGAUGACCGCUACAGUGUGAUGUCCGAGCACCUGGAGCCGUCCGCUGCCUCCGCGUAUAGGUCCUUUGCCUACGAACGCCAUGCCAGCUCCAGCUCUGGCCAGGCUGGGGGCCUGGACUGGCCGGAGCCCACCGAGGGACCACCCAGCCGGACCAUCCGUGCCCCCGCCAUGCGAACCCUGCAGCGAUUCCAGAGCAGCCACCGCAGCCGUGCGGGGCCUGCGGGGCCGCCGGGGGCCGUCCUGGAGCCUGUGACCCGGGCGCCAUCCGUGCGCAGCCUCAGCCUCAGCCUGGCUGACUCGGGCCACCUGCCGGACAUGCGUGCGCUGGACAGCUACGGUAGCCACCGCACACUGCAGAGGCUCAGCAGCGGCUUUGAUGACAUUGACCUACCCUCAGCAGUCAAGUACCUCAUGGCUUCAGACCCCAACCUGCAGGUGCUGGGAGCGGCCUACAUCCAACACAAGUGCUACAGUGAUGCGACGGCCAAGAAGCAGGCCCGCAGCCUUCAGGCCGUGCCCAGGCUGGUGAAGCUCUUCAACCACGCCAACCAGGAGGUGCAGCGCCACGCCACGGGCGCCAUGCGCAACCUCGUGUAUGACAGCGCGGACAACAAGCUGGCCCUGGUGGAGGAGAACGGCAUCUUCGAGCUGCUGCGCACGCUGCGCGAGCAGGACGAUGAGCUGCGCAAGAACGUCACAGGGAUCCUGUGGAACUUGUCCUCCAGUGACCACCUGAAGGACCGCCUGGCCCGAGACACGUUGGAGCAGCUCACAGACCUGGUGCUGAGCCCCCUCUCGGGGGCUGGGGGACCCCCCCUCAUCCAGCAGAACGCCUCGGAGGCCGAGAUCUUCUACAACGCCACGGGCUUCCUCAGGAACCUCAGCUCAGCCUCCCAGGCCACUCGUCAAAAGAUGCGUGAGUGCCACGGGCUGGUGGACGCCCUGGUCACCUAUAUCAACCAUGCCCUGGACGUGGGCAAGUGUGAGGACAAGAGCGUGGAGAAUGCCGUGUGCGUGCUGAGGAACCUGUCCUACCGCCUGUAUGACGAGAUGCCGCCAUCUGCCCUGCAGCGGCUGGAGGGCCGGGGCCGCCGGGACGUGGCGGGGGCGCCGCCCGGCGAGGUGGUGGGCUGCUUCACUCCGCAGAGCCGGCGGCUCCGAGAGCUGCCCCUCAUGGCUGACGCGCUCACCUUUGCCGAGGUGUCUAAGGACCCCAAGGGCCUUGAGUGGCUGUGGAGCCCCCAGAUCGUGGGGCUGUACAACCGGCUGCUGCAGCGUUGCGAGCUAAACCGGCACACCACUGAGGCGGCCGCUGGGGCACUGCAGAACAUCACCGCGGGCGACCGCAGGUGGGCAGGCGUGCUGAGCCGGCUGGCUCUGGAGCAGGAGCGCAUCCUGAAUCCGCUGCUGGACCGAGUUCGGACCGCUGACCACCACCAGCUGCGCUCACUGACUGGCCUCAUCCGAAACCUGUCUCGGAACGCCAGGAACAAGGAUGAGAUGUCCACCAAGGUGGUGAGUCACCUGAUCGAGAAGCUGCCUGGCAGCGUGGGUGAGAAGUGCCCUCCGGCUGACGUGCUGGUGAACAUCAUAGCCGUGCUCAACAACCUGGUGGUGGCCAGUCCAGUCGCCGCCCGGGACCUGCUUUACUUCGAUGGACUCCGCAAGCUGGUCUUCCUCAAGAAGAUGCGGGACAGCCCCGACAGUGAGAAGUCCUCGAGGGCGGCCUCCAGCCUCCUGGCCAACUUGUGGCAGUACAGCAAGCUCCACCGAGACUUCCGGGCGAAGGGCUACCGAAAGGAGGACUUCCUGGGCCCAUAGGCAAGGCCUUCCUUGGAGAAGGAGGACGGAACGUGACCCGGCCUCCGAGGAACGGGCUCAGCUCAGGGCUGCUCGCCAGCCAGCUUGAGAAGGUUGAUGAUGGCCCAGGGGCCUCUCAACGGAGCCCCAUUCAUGUGCGACUUGAAGGCAUGGGCCAUGGGGGAGGGGACAGGGGCUUGUGGCUAGGGACUUGGCUUCUGCAGGGCAGGGAGUGGGGCAGGGCUUGAGGCUGAUCUGAUGCGUGGGGUCGUGGCCAGGUGACUGGCAGAGGUGGGGCUGGCUGUGGCCCAGGAGGGCCUUGGGACAACCAGCGCUGGGAAUAAAGGUGGCCGUGAACACAGCA